AUGGGUAUUGUUCUCUUUUCUUACUUUCUCUGGUUAAGUAUACUCCUAAACUGUGGCUAUGCAGCUAUAACUAGAGCAAGUCCCUUGUCAUUAGGACAAACUCUAAGUUCCCCUGGUGGAACUUAUGAGUUAGGAUUCUUCACUCCUGAAAACUCUCAGAAUCAUUAUGUUGGGAUCUGGUUCAAAAAAAUUACUCCACGGGUGGUUGUAUGGGUGGCUAACAGAGAAAAGCCUAUCACAAACUAUGUGGCAAACCUCACUAUCAGCGGAAAUGGGAGCCUAAUCUUGCUUGACAGCAGAGAAAAUGUUGUUUGGUCAACCAGAAAGCUUUCCACAUCUAACAAGUGUCAUGCAAAGCUCUUAGAUACCGGCAAUCUUGUCAUGAUUGAUGAUGUUUCAGGAAGUCUUUUGUGGGAAAGUUUCGAGAAUCUUGGUGAUACUAUGCUGCCUCUCUCAUCGCUGAUGUACAACCUUGCCACUGGGGAGAAGCGAGUAUUGACUUCUUGGAAAAGCCACAGUGAUCCAUCCUCUGGUGAUUUUGUACUUCAGAUGACGCCACAAGUGCCAGCAGAGAUCGUUACUAUGAAAGGCACAAAGCUUUACAAGAGAAGCGGUCCAUGGGCUAAGACGAGGUUCACUGGUGUACCACAAAUGGAUGAUACAUACGCAAGUCCAUUUAGCCUUUCCCAAGAUGUAGGAAAUGGAACAGGGUACUUCUCUUAUUUACAGAGAAAUUCUGAACUUAUACGAGUUAUCAUAACAUCAGAGGGAUAUCUAAAGACUUUUCGGUACAAUGGGACAGGCUGGGUUCUGGACUUUGUGACUCCCAAGAACUCAUGUGACUUGUAUGGUGCAUGUGGACCUUUUGGGUUGUGUGUGGCGUCCAAUCCCACAAAGUGUAAAUGUAUAAAAGGGUUUGUUCCAAAACACAAGGAGGAUUGGAAGCGAGGAAACAUGACUUCUGGAUGUGUGAGACGUACAGAGUUAUCUUGUCAGACACAAGGAAAAAGCGCAGACGUCUUCUAUCGUCUGGCAAAUGUAAAGCCUCCGGAUCUCUACAAAUAUGCAAGCUUUUUGGAUGCUGAUCAAUGCCACCAAGGUUGUCUCAGCAAUUGCUCUUGCACUGCUUUUGCCUAUAUUACUGGAAUUGGAUGCUUGCUUUGGAAUCAAGAGCUGAUAGACACAGUUAGAUAUUCCACUGGUGGAGAGUUUCUUUCAAUUCGUCUUGCAAGUUCAGAACUGGUUGGAAGCAGGAGAACUAAGAUUAUUGCUGGUACUAUCAGCCUUUCCGUUUUUGUGAUUUUGGCUUUUGCCUCAUAUAAGUAUUGGAGGUACAGAGCAAAACAAAAUGAUUCAUGGAAAAAUGAUUUGGAUGCCCAAGAAUUCUCAGGUUUAACAUUCUUUGAGAUGAAUAUCAUACAAGCUGCUACCAAUAACUUCAAUUUCUCAAACAAACUUGGUCAAGGUGGAUUUGGUCCAGUUUAUAAGGGAAAACUGUCAGACAGUAAGGAAAUAGCCGUUAAACGGCUUUCUAGCAGCUCUGGACAGGGUACAGAAGAGUUCAUGAACGAAAUAAAACUCAUCUCAAAACUACAACACAGAAACUUGGUUAGACUUUUGGGAUGCUGCAUCGAUGGAGAAGAAAAGCUACUAGUUUAUGAGUUUCUGGUGAACAAAAGCCUCGACACUUUUCUCUUUGAUUCGACGCUAAAGCUUCAGAUUGAUUGGCCUAAGAGGUUCAACAUCAUUCAAGGUGUGGCACGUGGGCUUCUUUAUCUCCAUCGCGACUCAUGCCUUAGGGUCAUACACCGAGAUCUGAAGGUCAGCAACAUUCUCUUGGACGAGAACAUGAACCCGAAAAUAUCAGAUUUCGGAUUGGCUCGGAUGUUUCAAGGAAACCAACAUCAAGACAACACUCACAAGGUUGUUGGAACUCUAGGAUACAUGUCCCCUGAGUAUGCAUGGACAGGGAUGUUCUCAGAGAAGUCCGACGUAUAUGCUUUUGGAGUUCUGCAGUUGGAAAUCAUAAGCGGGAAGAAGAUUUCAAGCUUUAACUGUGGAAUGGAAGGCAAAACCCUUCUUGAAUAUGCAUGGGAAUCUUGGCUCGAGAACGAUGGUGUUGAUCUAUUGGAUCAAGAUAUUACCAGCUCGUGUUCUCCAGUUGAAGUCGCUCGAUGUGUUCAGAUUGGUCUACUCUGCAUCCAACAGCAAGCUAUUGACAGACCUAACAUUGCACAAGUAGUGUCCAUGAUCACAACUGCAAGUGAUCUUCCGAGGCCAAAGAAACCAGUUUUUGCAUUGCGGAUUCAAGAUGAAGAGCGUGUCGUCUCAGUCUCAGAGUCUGUGAAUCACAUAACACAAACUGCGAUAUAUGGACGCUAA